GUCACAUUGUAAGCUGCAUCGUUGUUUAAAAAGAAUCAAUGCAGAGGACAAAUAUUAAUGAAGAGGUAACAGUGUGGCUGCCUCCCCUUCAUCGUCUCUUCUAUAUUGUAUGUGCAGACGUGACUGAACCCAACAGCUCAGACAGCCGCGGCGAACGCCUGGACUUCUUCCUCAAACAGGAGGAGGCUCUCACCGCAGAGCCCAGCUUCAUCAGUGCCAACGAAUCAGAGGAGCAUGGGGGAGGAGGCGGGGCCGGAACCAUCACGUCUGUGGCCAAUCUGAAGGCGGCACUGAUGAGUAAGAACAGCUUACUGUCCCUGCGGGCGGAGAUGAUGGGAGAUGAUAACCCCUUACUCUACGAGUACCUGCCCAAAGGAGGACACUCCCUGUCGUGGCUCCGCUCCAACAACUGCAGCAGCACGCUCCGGCCAGAGGCCACGGGGGCCACUUUUCUUAACAAACAGGGGGCUGGCUCCUCUCCUCCUCCUCCUCCUCCUCCUCCUUCUCCUCCUCUUCUUUUUUCUCUUCAUCCUCCAACAUCACCAUCAUCGUCAUCAUCACACUUGCCACCCACUCCACCCACACCGCUGCUUCCCUCCGAGCCUCGGCCCCUGGAGGCCCCCGGCCCGUGGGCUGGGGUGUCCCUGCUCCUGCGCACAGACCGCGUGGACAUAGACGUGGAAGACCGUCCUCAUGACGACCCGGAGUCCUCAAAUUCACCUGAGGAGGAAACAAAUGAAGACGACAUGAACGAAGGCUCAGGUGAGCAGCGUCCUGAGGAGAAGGAUCAGAUGGUUGAUGUGAGCUGUGCUGGUGGCUCAGUCACUGGCAGAGGGACUAAAGGUCUGAGGGCUGGAUCCUGGCCCUGCUCCCUGUGCAAACGGCUGUUCAGCAGCCUGGAGCAUCUCAGGGAACACGAGUACCGCCACACCCUGUCUCUCAUGGCCCUGUCCGUGGAUCCACGGCACCAAGCUCUCCAGCCCCGCCUCCUGCCACAACCACAACCUUUGCCGUUCCACCAGUCUCUCCAUUGCUCCGCGGUGGCCGAGUCGGUGCCGGGGCGCUACCUCUGCUCCCAGUGUCCAGCCAGCUUUACUCUGAAAUCCAACGCCGAUCGCCACGAGAAGACGAUCCACUUCAAGAAGAAGCUGAUGCAGUGCGUGUACUGUCUGAAGCACUUCAGAGACCGCACGGACCUUCACAGGCAUCUGUCGUCCGUGCACUCCAAAGAGAGAGGCCACACCUGCCCCGCCUGCACCAAGGCCUUCAGCACGCAGAAGAACCUGGCCACACAUGUUAAAGUGUGCUGCCAGGUGGGGUCACUGCGGGGAACCAUACUGCAGGGCAGCAGCCGGGUGGAACUGUCCCAGGACGGGGUAACGUAUCCACUUUGGCAGCUUUCUCAACAGAUGAAAGUUGACAAUCGUGUCCACGGUAUCGAUGUGGGACACUGAGACUGGAUACAGGUUCUCUGUCAUCACUGCGGUCGUUGUUGUUGUACGCUCAUGCCAAAUGUCAUUUGUGGUGUCACUGCACUGAAACCCUUCUCAAAUCCAAAGUGUGUUGAUGUGAUUAUUCAAGUCAUCGUUCAGGUUUCCAAACACCAAAGUCAGAAAAUGACACAUUUGAACUAAACCGUGAGUGAGUGAGUGUGAGACAGUGAUUACUGACUAUGUGUCAGUGCCUCACACAACAAACAUGUUUGUUAUGUGAUUUGAUGCUAAUUGAAAACCUAUAUCUCUGAGAUGAACAGUUGCUAUGCAAAAUCUUUGAAAUAUGUGUUAUGUUGAGCUCUGAUUGGACCUAUAAGCUGCUCCGGGUCCAGAAAACAAAGAGGUGGGGGUCUGUAAUUGUUGGUCUUUCCGCCCUCCCAACCCUAAACCACUUGUCUGGCUCUUUGUCUCCAGUCAACACAAAAGUCUCCUCUCCUUUUUUAGGCACAGAGAUCUUUAUCUCAGUGUCCACCCCUGCAUUACAGCACAAAGACACUCACAUUCUUUCACUUCUUACUUUCAUGGCUGCUCUGAGACCCACAGCCCACACAACCACACCACCUGCAGGAACUUGUCAGCAUUGCAGCAUCUAGAGGUGAAUGUUUCUGGAGUUACACAAUAAAUACACAAUCGCCUUGGCUCAGUGCUGCGCGGUGAGGGCAGAUGGAGGGGGCGUGUCCAGUGACACAGAACCUGCUCAAACAAAAGAGCAGUCGCAGCUCAGACACUGUCAGUGUCUUCUUUCUCUCUGUCCAUCGCUGGACAGUAAUGCUCCACAGCUCCGACCCUUCGUAACCCCUGACCCCUCAUCUAAGGGGUCAGGGGUUACGAAGGGUAACCCCUGCUGCUGCUGACAAGAGUAUGUGUCUGCAGGACCAGGAGGUCACGCUUUUUAUGAUAUACAUCAUCAUUUUUAACACACAAAAACUACAAACACUGACAUCAAUAAAUAGAUUAAUAAGACAACAAAUGUAUUUAGAUUAACAUUUCCAACAAUAAUUAUUAUUCAAAUGUUGAAGAACAAAAGUAGAAACUAACACUAGACUGUGGAGAGAACCAAUGAAUGUGCCCUGAGAAAUGACCGUAACAAGCACCGUGGUGUUUCAGUGUGUUUGUCAUUUAACAACAAAAUACUCUGACUGAGUGAAAGUCAACAUUACACACCAGCUGCAUUUAUACAAACAUGUGAGAUAACAGCAGCUGUCCUAAAGUCAGUCAUGUAAUCAUCUCAAAUAACAAUAUUCACUGUCGAAUAUUGUCUCGAUUGAGAAAAACAUCAGCCUACUUUACAACUACAAGCUAACAUCUGUGUGGUCUGCUGCAGAGAGUUGAAGCGCAGUCUUCCAUCAUGUCCACUGGGGGCGCUGUUCAGAAACUGCGUCGCAGCUUCUCACUGUCAUGACAUGUGCAGAAGUGUGACGACUCAGGGAUAAUAAAUAAAAGAAUGUUAUAUUUGUAUUAUUAGGUCUGUAAGAGACACGAGCAGUUAGUUGUUGUUCUUUAAACUUCAUUGUAUAAUGUGAAUAACAGAUACAGUGUACGUUCCAGAUCAACGUGUUACUUAUGUUUCACAAAGUUACCAAAUAAAUUAACAAAUUCAUUGAAUUGUUUUCAAAUGCA